AUGAACUCGACAUCACUGAGUGGAGCAGCAGCUGUGGCUAAUGUUGCCUACUGUUAUGUACUGCCUGUAGUGUGCACUGUUGGAAUUAUAGGCAACAUAACCAAUCUCAUUGUAUUGAAUAGUCGUCGGCUGCGAGCGGUUUCGUAUAUGUAUCUCAGAGCCUUAGCAAUUGCCGACUUAUUAUGUAUGGUAUUCGUGCUGGCCUUCGUGACAACAGAGAUCCUUUCGAAAAAUGGUGCCCCGAUAAAUCAGUACAAAUUGUACAGGAUUUAUCAGUGUCAUUUCAUGCUCACGCUCAUAAACUGGGCUCUAGGAGCUGGAGUGUACGUUGUAGUCGCUCUAUCACUAGAGCGAUAUAUUUCCAUAGUGUUUCCUAUGCAUUUCCGUGCAUGGAAUUCUCCGACUCGAGCGUCAAACGCGAUCAUAAUGGCCUUCACUAUUCCUGCACUAUUGUACGUACCAUAUGCACUGACACGAUACAAAAGCAUUGAGAAAUGGGAUGAAAACGCGAAUGCCAUUACAUACAAAAUUGACGAUCACCAAGUGUACAGAACCACUUCAUGGCAGGUACUCAGGUUCCUACCGAUUAUAGCUCUUUCUAUCCUCAACAUUCAGAUCAUAGUUGCAUUUCGAAAACGUCUCAGAAUGUUUCAACAGCUGACCAAAAGAAAAGAACAGGGAGCUCACAAGGAUGACACUCUAAUGUACAUGUUGGGUGGAACGGUUUUCAUGUCGUUACUUUGUAAUAUUCCUGCCGCAAUCAAUUUGUUACUCAUAGAUGAAGUAAGUGAUUCAGGCAUAAAAUUCAGUUCAGGCGAUUUAAUCAUUCAGGUACUCAAGCGACGACUAGACUAUCAGAUAUUCCGAGCUGUGGCUAAUAUUCUUGAAAUUACUAAUCACGCUUCACAGUUCUAUGUGUUCUGCGCUUGUUCUACCGACUACAGAACGACAUUUCUACAUAAAUUCCCUUGUUUUAAAAAAGCGUACAAAAACACGUCUCGUAUGCGAUCUUUCGUAAAGCGAACGCAAACGGUAAUAACACGUGAAAAGGAGAGCUUCGAUCAUCCGUCAUUGAGCGCUAAGGUGAUCGAUCCGCGUCGGCUCAUGCUUCAGGAUGUUGUUCUUCUCGAACCAGAGACAAUUGAUGUCCACUUGGCUUCAGUAGAACAUAGUCUUAGUGAUGAGAGAAGAUUAGAGACCCUCCUCAAAUAUGGUGCUAUUGCCAAGCUUCCGACAGAUACGAAUGGCAGCACAUUUCUUUAG